GCGUGUGGGAUGUUAUCUCUGGUGCUCUCUGCAACUGGCAGGGCAGAGGUGUCAGCAGAACACAGGAGCACGUAUCGUCUCCUACCUUUUGACAAAAAAGCUUGAUGGUAAAUGAAGAUCUGCGUUUUCAGCAACCUGAUACCAUGAAUGUUGACCAAGAAGAUGGGAAAUGUUGUGCGAGGCGCUGUCGCUUUCGUGCCCUCCGAGAGAUGUCAACGUUUCUUAGUAGGCGACUUGAAGGAGAUGCCCCUUGAUCGUACUCUAGACCUGAGUAGCCGGCAGUUACGUCGCCUUCCAGUCAGAGCUUCUGCCUUUAAAGAACUGGUCAAACUCUACCUGAGCGACAACCACCUGAGCAAUCUGCCUCCAGAGCUCCAAAACCUGCAGAAGCUCCAGCUUCUAGCCUUGGACUUCAACUAUUUCGAGGAGCUUCCUCUGGUCGUAUGCAGCCUCGUUCAGCUGAACAUCCUCUAUCUCGGUAAUAAUCAUCUCUACAGUCUGCCAAAAGAACUGCGUCAACUCACCGAGCUAAAAACCUUGUGGCUGGAGACCAACUGCUUCACCAAGUUCCCUCGAGUGAUAUGCGAGCUUCCCAACAUCAAGACCCUCCAUUUGGGAUACAACCAGCUACACAGCUUGCCGACAGAGCUUGAGCAACUGGAGGAGCUACGCAGCAUCUGGCUCGCGGGGAACUUGCUAAACGAUUUCCCUCCCGUGCUGCUGAAGAUGCAUUAUUUGGAGGUGAUCGAUGUGGACCGCAAUCGCAUUCGCCAGUUUCCGUCGCUCACCUGCUUGAGAGGCUUGAAACUCGUCAUCUACGACCACAAUCCUUGCGUUAAUGCACCAGCGGUGGCCGAAGGUGUGAGACGGGUAGGCCGCUGGGCCGACAGCUCUGAUGAUGAAGAAGAUGAAGGUGACGGGAAGGUUGCUAAAGCAGAUGUAAAGCCACAGGGAUCACUGGAAGAAAACGAAUAAAGAAGAUCAGUGAGGAACCGUAGAUCAAGCCAUAAAGAACAUACUCAUGAGUUUUUGAGAAGGCUGACAAAAUACUGAAGCCACUGAGGUGUUUUGUAAAUUUUUAAGUAGAAUAGAAAUUACUUAAAAUUUUAUAGAAUAUUGUAAUUAUAUAAUUAAUAGUCCUGUUAAGCGAUUAAUCACGAUUAAUCGCAUCC